UCUGAGAGCUGAUAUGAUAUUCGUCUCCCUUGUAUAUCUUUUUCCAUUCGUAUCUGCCGACUUCGACUACCGGGGAAGACCAGAUUACAAUGAUUGGUUGCAGUUUUAUAAAACUGGAAUGACAAUUUAUCUGGUUAAAAGAAGCUACAUGGUCAAAAUUGAUGGUUAUGAACCGUGGUGUCUCCAAACAAAAGUGCACAGCUUGAAUAAAAUGGUCGCAUCUUUUAAACAAGGUUACGUAACUUAUUAUAAAGACGAGCGGUACGAAGUGCAGGCCACGCUACAGUCAGCAUACAUCCCAACCGAUGUAGCACCUGUAAUGUCGGCGUUUGUAAAAAGCAACCGCACCAUGCAAAGAAAUUACAACUUUCAUUUCUAUGAUGGAAGUGCCCACUGUGCCGUGCUGACAUUCCAGGAUUAUUCUGGCACCGUGAGAUGCGAGCUGCAUGCUUGGAAAGAGUACCAUUACUAUAGCACUUACAAAAAGUGCGAAGAAGAGUUCGACUACCAGUGUCCGGGACGCGACAGUAACUACCCAUAUGUUAAAUGGUGCAAAGACAUCAAUUAGGCGCCACAAGUUUAAAGGGCAUCCUUGUAAAAAAGUCGUGGUUUCAUCCAAGUUUAAUAAAUUUUUUCCUCUUGCGC